UCCUAGCAUCCAUCACAGAAUUGAUUCCUUGGUUUCUCUCCAAAAUACUGAUAUAUGUAUAUGUUAAGGAAAUUAGAUUACCUGACAAAUUCAUGUAGUAAUUAUUACUAGUUAGUUGUUUGUUUAGGAGUGACAGACAUUACUCUCGUCUCAGUUUGGCUUAUCCAUGGCUUCCUCUCUGUACCUUUGCAACCAAAACCUUAAUUACCCUAUCUCUCAUGGAAGAAAAUCUAGUUAUCUCUGCAAAAAUACCAGUCUUUCAGCAUUUUGGGGACAUGGGUAUCGUAAAUUCAGUCAACAUCUUCAAACUGUUUCUUUUCAAAGAACCCCUUUUUUAAAAGCCAUGGCUUCUAAUUCUAAAACUGAUAGGCAACAAGUAGAGAUAACUUAUGAUCCAGAUGAAAGGCUGAAUAAAUUGGCUGAUGAAAUAGAUAAGACAGCUGGUCUCUCAAGACUCACUUUGUUUUCACCUUGCAAGAUUAAUGUUUUCCUGAGAAUUACCAGGAAGAGAGAAGAUGGGUUUCAUGAAUUGGCUUCUCUUUUUCAUGUUAUAAGUCUAGGAGAUACGAUUAAAUUCUCUUUAUCACCGUCAAAAAGCAAAGAUCGUCUUUCGACCAACGUGUCAGGAGUCCCACUUGAUGAUUCCAAUUUGAUUAUUAAAGCCCUUAAUCUUUACAGGAGAAAGACCGGUAGCGACAACUUCUUUUGGAUUCAUCUUGACAAAAAAGUGCCGACUGGGGCUGGGCUAGGUGGUGGAAGUAGUAAUGCCGCUACUGCACUCUGGGCAGCUAAUCAGUUCAACAAUUGUGCUGCUUCUGAAAAGGAACUUCAAGAAUGGUCAAGUGAGAUUGGUUCAGAUAUUCCUUUCUUUUUUUCUCGUGGAGUAGCCUAUUGUACUGGCAAAGGAGAGGUCGUUAAAGAUAUUCCACCUCCUAUACCCUUGGACAUGUCAAUGGUUCUUAUAAAGCCACCACAAGCAUGCUCGACGGUUGAAGUUUACAAGCGUCUUCGAUUAGAUCAAACUAGCACAGUUGAUCCUGUUACAUUGCUGGAGAAGAUAUCAAAGAGCGGGAUAUCUCAAGGUGUUUGUAUCAAUGAUUUAGAACCUCCUGCAUUUGAAGUACUACCUUCUCUGAAAAGGUUAAAACAACGCGUCCUUGCAGCUGGUCGUGGUCAAUACGAUGCUGUUUUCAUGUCCGGAAGUGGAAGCACCAUUGUAGGAAUUGGUUCCCCAGAUCCCCCGCAAUUUGUUUACGACGAUGAUGAAUACCAUGAUGUCUUUCUAUCAGAGGCAUGCUUUAUAACUCGAGGAGAGAACCAGUGGUAUACAGAACCAGGUACGACAAUGAAUUCGUUGGAGUCGCCCUCAGAUUUGUCCUCAACAAUUGACUAAUUAACAAUCUAGUAUGUCAUUUUUGUUAAGAAGUAUGAGCAGUGAAUUCAUGUAAUAUGAUAUUUUUGGGGUACAUGCCAUUACCCUGUUAAACUUGUUUAUAGUUUUGUGAUGGUUCUGAAAAGAAAAGCCAAGAAUUCAAAAUCC